AGCCGACUCGCCUAGGAACAGGCAAGCCAAAAGUAUCCGGGAAACAGACAGGUGUCGUGGAAGUUUACACGAGCAGAGGCGCAUCCCUUCGCGUCUUUUCGUCAUUAUCUGGGAUAACGUGAAAGAGACUGUAACUGGCGGUCAUCCGGCACCCACUGAUCCUGUAUCAGCUGCUGCAUUCACACCUUGCCACCCUCUUCUCUUGCUCUGCAUGGAGUGGUAAUUGGCUAGGUAGUGAUGGAUGUGACACAGCAGGUGGAAGACAAAUGAUCGAGGGCUCUCCCUCAUACUGAGCCUCUGGGUCGUCCCAGCCUCGGCCCCCAGAGCAGCUGUGCCAGUGGCUCUCAUCAUCCUCCCCUCUUGGACCACCAGCAGCUCAGCGUGGCGAGGCCAGGAGCGAUGGGCCGGAAGCUGGACCUUUCAGGCCUGACUGAUGGGGAGGCAGAGCACGUCUUGAAAGUGGUCCAGCGGGACAUGAAGCUGCGAAAGAAGGAGGAGGAGAGGCUGAGUGAGAUGAAGCAGGAGCUGGCGGAGGAAGGCAGCAGAUGCUCCAUCCUCUCCAAGCAGCACCGCUUCAACGAGCACUGCUGUAUCCGCUGCUGCGCGCCCUUCACCUUCCUGCUCAACCCCAAGCGCCAGUGCCUGGACUGCCAGUACAACGUCUGCAAGACCUGCUGCACCUACAACAAGAGGGACAAAGCCUGGCUCUGCUCUGCAUGCCAGAAGGGCAGGAUUUUAAGGACACAGUCGCUUGAAUGGUAUUAUAACAAUGUGAAGAGUCGCUUCAAGAGGUUCGGCAGCGCCAAGGUUUUGAAGACUCUGUACAGAAAGCACAUUAUAGAGAGAGGAGCACUCUCUGAUCUCCCAGAAAGUAGUGUUCACGAGGGAAGCACUGGCAACGACAAUGAUGGCAGCAUCUGUGGCAGUGAUUCCGCUUUCUACAAACAGAGUGAAGGACACAGUAUGGCAGAGACCCUCACAGUCGCCUUGCGUGUCGCUGAGGAGGCUAUAGAGGAGGCCAUCACCAAGGCAGAGGAGUUCAGUGACAGCUUGGAGAAGCAGAAUGAGGCUCGGUAUCUGCGGGACCACAAAGAGGAGCUCAUAGAAGAACUUGCCACAACCAUUGUACAAAAAAUCAUACAGAGGAGGAAGCGUUCAGAGAUGCAGACAGAGUAUGACUUUGUCUGGCCUCAGCCUCAGUCCCUGAUCCAGCCCAGUGAACUCCCCUCUCCAUCUCAGCCUCACGCUUCUUCACAGGCACCACAGGACCCCCUGAAGACCUCCUACUCCCUCUGGCGCUCACGGUCAGCGUUCUCCCUCACCAGUGACGACUCCCCUGAGAAAGGUCCAGAGGAGGAGGGCGCCGGGGCAGGCUGUGGCUUGCAGGAGUACGCUUCUCUGAAGAGGGAGGGAAAGGCCACCUCUCUACCCAGCUGGAAGAGUGUAGACCGUCUGGACAACUCCAGUGCGUCCUCAGUGCUACAGAGCCCAGACGGUAACUGGAUUGCUCUGCACAGCUCGCAGCUGUCCCGGCCCAGCCUGCUUACCAAGAGGAAGAGCCUGGUGUUCAGCGUGUUGGAAAAGGAGUCGGGCGUCAUCUCAGCGUACGACGAGAUGGGGUCCGAUUCUGAGGAGGACGAUGAAGGCGGCUGGGGUGCGGCGUUGCGACAGUUCCGGCGCAAACUGUCCGAUGAGACUUACUACACAGACUCGCAGCACGACCCAGAGUGGACGUACACCCAGCACCUUCCCAUUACCUCACCGUCCUCUGGCCAGUACACCAACACAGAGACUCUCAACUCAGACUCAGAGGCUUCAUCGGUGCUGUCCGCGUGUCCUCGCAAACCGCCGCACAACCUGCUGAGGAAGAAAGGACCGCCGGACACACACCUGCACCCUCAUCACCAGCCGCUCUACCACCAACACCUUCACCAGAACUUCUCUCCAUAUCCACUCCACUCUGAGGCACUGGAUGUGAACUUUAACCCUAAGGUGAUGGGAGACAGCAGCGAAGCUGAAGAGAGGCAGAGUGACCCGGUCAGAAGAUCACGACGACGCAGAAAAAGCAAAAGAGAGCCAUCAGCAGAGCAGAGCAGGCCUGCAGGCCAGAGCCACACCCAGUCCGUCUACCCAUUAGUACAGGAGAACAGUGGUUUUCUACUCAGUGCCCUCCUGAAGAGGGGUUUAAGUGAGGAACAGUCAGUACCUGACACUAUGCCAAUGGCCACAGCUGCACCAGACGCCUUCAAAUUAGAUGCCAUGACACCCGAGCCAGAGGACUUGGACACAGUGGCCCCAAAUUCAGCAGCCCCUAGCCCUUCACAUCCACACUCUCUGGCUCCAGGGUCCCAGCACUCACCCAGCAGCCCAGGGCCUGGAGACCCUCUGGAAGAGGACCUGCAAUCCAGACUCAGCCAGCUGGUCAGCCAUGCCAACAGCAGAGACAGCAGCUCAUCCGAAGAGGAGCACACAAAGUGGCCUGCGGACAAACAAAUGGAUAAAGAAAGUGACAGACUGAGAGAGAAGAGGCCAAAAGACACAGAGAGAGAAAAGCAGAAGGCAAGUGACAGAUUAAGAGACAGGAACGGCAGUAGGGGAAGAGAGAGAGCAACUGAAACAGUGGAACAAGUGAAUGGACAAGAGAUGAAAAAAAGUGAGAGGUUUAAAAAGAGUCUUUCAGUGAGAGAAGAAGGAAGAGUUAGGGAGAGGAGAUUAGAGAAGGGGGGGGCAAGUUUCAAAGAGAAAGUAGACGACCAGGAGCAAAAGAGAGGGGAUAAAAGAGAGCCGAACAGACAAAGCAAGAGACAACAUGCAAGAGAUGUAGAGAAGGAAGCAGAACAGAAAGGAGGGGCAAGGCGGAGUGGAUCCAGCGCAACUUCACCUGCUAUUACACCUUCUUCCCACGAGGGGGUGCAGUCAGACAACCAGGAGGGACAGAAUGACUUGGAACAACAGCAGAGGCUUCAGUUGCUCUCUUCUCUCUUACAGCAGCAGAAGUACUCUGCGGCCUCUCUCUGCUGCAUCACCACAGAAGUGCUGAAGGUCUUGAACGCUACAGAGGAGCUGAUCGGUGAGGCAGGAGGUGAGAGCUACACCCCAUCUGAGUCGAUGAGUGCUUCUCCUAUCUCCAGCAGCUCCGAGAGCCGCAGGCUAGACCAGAGGCUGACCAAGAUGGAGGAGAAUGUGUACCUGACUGCUGGUGCUGUGUACGGGCUUGAGGGGGCACUGGGAGAGCUGGAGCAGUGUGCCCGCAGUAUUAGCAGUGGCACCACAGACACAGAGCUGGCCUUCCUGGAGGACCAGGUAGCCACCGCAGCUGCUCAGGUUCAACAGUCUGAACUACAGGUAUCAAACAUUGAGGCCAGGAUAUCAGCUCUGAAAACAGCUGGGUUGAAUGUGACUGUCUGCAAUCGCUUCUCCAAGAUCAACCCAAAGGCUAAGCCUCAAACCCUGGACUCAUCACGCCAUCAGAGAAGGAAGCUUCCAGCCCCUCCACUGAAAGAAAAGUUGGAGCCAGAGCAGCAGGUGAAAGUGUUUCGGCCAUAGUGACAGUUAGCAGCACAACAAGUCCCUCAGGGCCACUUCAGAGCCCCAGGGACGGGGGGCCCUCUCAUCCAGUGCCUUGACCCAGUGUCCGCCUCCAGCUCCAGGCCAAGCAUGGUUCAACACCUGCCCCAUGUGACCCACCAAGCACUCAGCCCUCAGCCAGGCACCAUACUGCAUUAGUCAAUUGUCUCACAGAAGACAUGACUGGCUCUUUCCUCUUUUCCACUUUAUUCUGCAUUUUCUCCUCCUCAUCAAGCAAGGAUGACAGUCAGUGUCUCUGCCUUAAAAAUCUGCAAACACUCCUCAUGACCCAACUGAAAAAGAAUAUCUGUAUAGACAAAAAGAAGACCUCUCAUUUCCUUUUUUUAAAUCUGUUUGCAAGAGUGUCGUGAGUUACUGUACAAUGACGACGUGGAAAAAUCGUGUGAAACUUUCUGUGAUUCAGUGUCCCAAAAAGAGGCUGAGCCGUGUUUUAUACUUCAUAUUCUUUCUCACCACGAAAUGUCAUGAGGAAUCCUAUCACACUGUAAGCCCCUUCAGAGCUUUUUUGGAUGAUUGUCCUUUUUCACACACACACAGCUAUUAGAUGGUAAUCCUCAUUUGGAGGAAUGAUUGUAACACCUUUGCCAUUUUACCAUUUAAAAAAAUCCAUGCACACCAGAAAACAGUAUUCAGAUGUGCAACAUAUCAGGACCAAAAUGUUUUUGUCCCUCCUUUCUGCCACUAAAAUUGCUAGAUGGCAAUAACGGUACACAAAGCACACUUGGUAAAUCUGUCAUUCUUUGUAACGGCCUCAAUAGUUAAAUUUAAAGUUUGGGAAAUAUUCACCUUUUAGUUUUGGGAGAAGAUCGAUACCACUAUCAUGUCUGCACAAUGUACCCUGAAAGCUUAGCAUAGCAUGAAGAAUGGAAACGAAGGGGGACAGCUACCCCGACUCAAAAGGGUAAAAAAAAAUUGUUUGUUUAAACAGUACAUGAAGGCAUCUUUAAACUAAGCGCAGCUAGCCAGCUGCUGGCAGUAGCUUCAUAUUUAGCAUACAGACACAAAGGUGGUAUCAGUUUUUUUUCAUCUAACUAAUCUAACAACUUUUCUCAUCAUCUAAUUCUAAGCAAGAAAGUGAAAAGGCGUAUUUCCCAAGAUGUCCAACUAUUCCUCAAAUAAAUGCAAACUGCAAUGAUUUACUGGGGAAAUGCGCAAUGCAGAAAAUAACUUCUUAGUACUCACAUACACAUACUACAGCCUUAAUGUGAAAUAGCUAUGAGGCUAAAUAAGGUUUGAUUAAUGUCUAAAUGUCAGACAAACUCAUCUCAACAUAACAUAGGUUUGAUGUUCAGGUUUGGUCUGACAGCCUUCCCCCGUGCAGUAUUCUUCAACGCAAAGUCAUUUUCUUCGUUUACUUUCAAACAUUGUGGCCUUUUAUUUGAACAAAAAGGUAUUUUCAUGUUUUCCCUUCACUGGGUCAUGUCCGAACAUUUUGUGUUGCAUUCAGAAAGUCUUGUAAAGAUUUUUACAUAAUGAAGUCUGAUGGGCAAUAUAACAAAUGCCAUGAAACCAUGAUUUUGUUACAAGCAAUUUAUUUUUGUACUUACUGAACGUUUUUAUGCAAUACCACUGAAAUAAGUACUAUUGCAAAUUAAAGGCUUUAUUCUCUCCUGAAAGGAGCCCUCCUCAGUCAGUCCUAUCAGACUCUCUCAUGUGUGAUGUUUCAAAGUGCUUUCAGUGUAUGCUUGCAUUUACCAUUUGAUAUUCUGCCAGUAAUGACGAUGGUAAAUGUUACAAAAACACAGGUGACAACAGGCAUUUUUGGAGCGGCUAGUACGAUUCAUAUUGUAUUUGUACUCCUUAAACACUAGAUUUGAGAAUAUAGCCUUUCAUUUUUGGGUUAUUUUUCUUUACUCUGUGACCACUUACAUUAGUCAGAAUCUCAGUUAGCCAUGCACACAGUUGUCAAAGAUUUUGCUGUGGCUACAGCUUAAGAACAGAGUUUGAUUCCCUGAUGGACUUUUUGAACUAAAAGGUGUGAUGAUCUUCUGUAUGAAUGCUCUGUCCCUUCUAUUAGUGACCUUUUCAUCCAAGCCUUUCACAUCUCUGGUUUUGCACAUUGAUCCUGUACUUUUGUCAAUCUUGUUCUCCAGAAGUGUUGGUGUAUAAAAGCAUGUUUUUGUUAUUGUCAAAAUUGAUGUAAAAUUUCCCAUGAGAAGCACAGCCACAAGGGUCCAAUCAUCAGUGUCCUGUAUUUUUCUAAUAUAAAAAAAGUAUUAUCUCAUAAAAGAAUUUGUUAAUAAAUGUAUAUGUGUGAAAAGAUGGAUAUGAUAUAGAAUAAUAUGUGUAUUACCCAAUCAUAGCUGACUGAUCUUUCAGUGUUGUGUGGAAGACUAUGUAUAAUUGUCAUGACUUGUAGGGCUGGAUUCACACAGGAAGUUGAAUUUACUACUGUAACUGUGUCCCAGAUACUCAGAAAUGAGACUCACACAGAGCUAAAAACAAAUCUUACUUUUGUUCCUGUUUCAAUCCAGUGUGAAUGACUACAAUGAGGUUCACUGUGCACAGCUCCACAGGGGGGCCAUUCACAUUUAUGUGCAAUUGUUUGUUGCAGUCCAUAUGACAUGUUGGGGAAAAUAUUAAGAAGCAAAAAAUACAGAUUCUCUAUGUGCCACAGUACUCUGAGGAAAAAAAUGUACUAUGAAAUUAAUAAAAUGUGCAAACCUAAA